GAAAAGUGAAUUCACUUUUUGGGGCUUGUGAAGCCCUCAUGCCAUUGGUAUAUGGCCCAAUGUACAACGCUACCUACGCAGCCACCUUGAACUGGAUGCCAGGAGCAUUUUACAUUUUAGGAGGAUUUCUCACUCUGCCGGCAGUUCUCAUAUUUGCAUGGAUGUAUGUUCAACACCGUAAGGAACGAAAAGAAGUUAAAAUCGCCAAUCUUGAAAAAAGAUCCAGCAUUUCUAUUGUAGCUGACGUCAUCCUGUCCACUGUCCCAAAAGAGGCUCAAAUAGGUUCUCCAAUAGGUUCUCCUAUGAUGAACGGUUACAGAAAAAACGCGAACAAAGCAACCUUCGAAAGAAACGGGGUUAUCAGUGGAACAAUGGACAAUCAUUCUAUGGACGUGACAGAUCAUUCGAAAUCUGAGACCACCGGAACUAACAAAGAUGGAAUUGACAAUGCAGCCUUCAAAAUGGAGGAAUGAAUCAAUGGCACCAUUCGUGUCAGUUAUUUAUUUAUGUGAUAAUAGACUUAAGUUAUAUACCUAAUUAGAAUUAAGUUUUAUGUAUCUAGAAUAUACCAGCAUUUCUCAAAGAUAAUCCGAUACAAUGCAUAUUUUUUCUUGUGAUAUUUUGAUAUUCUGUCUGUAUUAUUCCUGUUCGUCACUUCUGUAGAGAUUAAAUGAACUGAAUUCAGUA